GUUUUUAGUUACAAAGCUUUCAUUUUCACUUUUUUAAAUAGCCAAACACAUAGGUUUGACCAUCGACAUAAUUAAUUAAUUAUAGGAAGGGGGAGUAAUAAUACCUUAAUUUGCCUCUGUUUGAGUGUUUCAGUUCUGCCCUUUCCCAGAUUCGCAGAUCAGAUCAAAUACCUUACUCUUUCAGCUCGAUUCCUGAAAAAUCAGACGGGACAAGAAUGUUGAAGUUGAAGGGAGGGACAAGGCCGCCAUGGGUGGGACUUGGGGCUUCAGUUUGGCUGCAAAUAGCGGCAGGAAAUGGAUACAAUUUCCCACUCUAUUCCCACAGUCUCAAAUCGGUCCUGGGUUUGAAUCAGCAGCAGCUCACCAUGUUUGGGGUGGCAAAUGAUAUUGGGGAGAAUAUAGGUCUCCUUCCUGGCGUUGUCUGCAACAAGUUCCCACCUUGGGUUGUCCUCCUCAUUGGUGCUUUUGCUUGUUUUCUUGGCUAUGGAACUCUAUGGCUCUCUGUUAGUGGUACUGUUACCAACUUGCCUCACUGGCUGUUAUGGAUUGCACUUGUAAUAGGCACAAACAGCAGUGCAUGGUUUAGCACGUCAUUACUCGUGACAAACAUGAGAAACUUCCCUCUAAACCGGGGAACCGUGGCGGGAAUUCUCAAAGGAUAUGGAGGGCUUAGUGCUGCAGUGUUCACUGAAGUGUACGACGUAUUGCUUCACAACUCGUCUCCCAACCUCUUGAUGUUCUUAGCCAUUGGAAUUCCUAGCAUAUGUUUCAUCAUGAUGUUCUUCGUUCGCCCAUGUACUCCUUCUUCUGGUGAUGAUCCUUCAGAGCAUUCUCACUUUCUAUUCAUCCAAGUUGCGAGUGCUGUUCUUGGGGUCUAUGUUCUCACCACCACGGUUUUGGAAGACGUUUUUUCAUUGAGUGUUCCUGUGUCUUAUGUUGUUGUUGUAAUCAUGAUACUACUCUUGUUGGCCCCACUUGCGGUUCCUGUAAAAAUGACUCUCUACCCAUCCAUUCUUAGCAAGUCUUUCAUCCUUGAUCAAGACAAGGCUGUUGAAGAACCUCUACUGAUGACACUGUCAUCAUCAUCAGCAAACCUGGGAAGUUUUGAUGAAGGGGAGGAGAUCUCAGAGAUCGAUAUGCUUCUCGCUGAGGGUGAGGGGGCAGUAAAGAAAAAGAGAAGGCCCAGGAGAGGUGAGGAUUUUAGGUUCAGAGAGGCACUUGUUAAGGCUGAUUUCUGGUCUUUAUUUUUUGUCAAUUUUGUUGGUGUUGGUUCGGGGGUUACGGUCUUGAACAACCUUGCACAAAUAGGUAUUGCACAAGGUGUUCAUGACACCACCAUCUUGCUCUCCCUCUUUAGUUUCUGCAAUUUUGUGGGUCGUCUUAGCGGUGGGAUCAUUUCCGAACAUUUUGUCAGGUCAAAAGCUAUGCCAAGAACUAUUUGGAUGACAUGCACACAAGCAAUUAUGAUACUUACCUACCUUUUAUUUGCUUCUUCUCUUAAUGGAACUCUCUACAUUGCAACUGCUCUACUUGGGAUCUGCUAUGGUGUUCAGUUCUCCAUAGCGAUACCCACGACCUCAGAACUGUUUGGCUUGAAGCAUUUCGGGCUAAUUGUCAGUUUUAUAGCACUAGGAAACCCUCUUGGUGCUUACCUCUUCUCGGGCCUUCUUGCUGGAAAAUUGUAUGACAAUGAGGCUGCAAAGCAGCAUAGCGACACUUGCAUUGGUCCUAACUGCUUUAGGGUAAUGUUCCUAGUUUUGGCGGGACUUUGCUCUAUCGGUUGUCUUCUUAGCGUACUUCUGACGGUGAGAAUAAGACCUGUGUACCAAAUGCUUUAUUCUGGUGGCUCGUUCCGGCUGCGACAAAGCUCUAAUCAUUGACCUAUUAUUUUGGGAACAUUCGGUUGUAUACUUGUAUUUCAAGAUUGGACUGCUCCCACUUUUACAACUGUGGAGUAAAAGAUAAAAUAUGUUGUUUGAUCGUCACGACGUCAUAUGUAUUGUUGUACUGUGAUUUUACAUUUUAUUUUAUGCAACUCAGGUGGAUAGAAUAGAUAUCAGGCAUGGGAUAUUCCACCUAAGGGCUAUAAGUUUUGGACUCCGUUGUUGAUUUGUAUACCUAAAGCUCUGAAACAGCUGAGCUAUUAUUAUCAAUUUCUUGGUGGUAAGUAGUGUUGUUGUUGCUGGCUUGCUGCUGCCAAUAGUAAAAGGAUGAAAUAGCUAAGGAUUGGAAGGCAGUUUUACAGUGUAAUUUGCUUAUUCGUUUAUUAUGCUUAUCGGGCGUAUGAACAUAAUAUGAUUUAUGUGACUAUAUUAGAUGUUUUUAACAUUUUUAUCUUUU